AGUGUCGAAAACUAAAGUUUGCUUGACGGAUUCAUUGAAAAGGAAUCUUCAGCUCCCACUCCCUGCGUGUGUGCUUCGCAGGCAACUAGAGCAGCUAGAUCUCUCCCAGCCCUUCUGUAGUCAAUAGGGUGUUGAUGCGCGUGGAUAGCUGGCUGGUUCGAUGUGGUAAAACAGCAGGCGAUACGCGGACGAACACCAACAAUCGUCCCCUUCUCGCUCUACCACUGUAGUUCCAGUGGCAGUGGUCAUUUUAGGAGAGAAUUUGGUUUUCAGUCUUUGAUUUCUCAGUAGUUGAACCGCAGGUUACGAGCUGAGAGCAAUUGAGUGCAGCAUCCUCUCGGUGUGGGAGAGGAGCGAGAGAGAUAGGAAGGAGAGAGAACGCCAGGCCGCAGGGCAGUAGUGAAGCGAAGAAGAUGACUCGGUUAGUUCUCUUGCUCGGUUUAGCCAGCGUAUGUCUUGUGCACGGCUUCAAUAUCGAGGUGAGACAGGUCGUUCGAAAGGUAAACCCAGGAAACCCAGGGGAGCUAUUUGGAACAUCGGUGGCCUUCCAUGCAACCACCAGCGACCCUGCAACGGCUAUAACCUAUCUUGUUAUAGGUGCGCCGUACGCAAAUAGGACAGCACUUGCGCCUGGAGGUGUUAAUACGGAGAUGGGAUAUGAGAAUAUGCAGCCUGGAGCGGUUUACACAUGUAGUGACUUGACCGCUUCUGAUAGGUCGACCGAUUGCGGGCAACUUGUCAUGGACCAGGAGCUGGCCGCUUGGUGGCCUAUCUUAGCACCUGGGGACACAACCUCAACCUCCUACACAGGACCUUUCGCUUUACGGAGGAAUGGGCUCUUUGGUUACAGCGUUACAAGCACGCAAGCAGGACAACCUUUCAGGGCUUGCGGUCCAACCAACCCUGGUGUCCAGUACAUUUUUGACCCGCAGGCCCUUUCUAGCAUCACCGAAUCGGUGUAUCGCCCUGUAGGCUACUGCAUAGAUGCCGAUGCUACUUUAUCGAAUUUCGGACUGACUCGCUUCUGCUAUGAUGAUGGUUUCACUUCACGGCGCGCACAACCUUGUGUCGCAGGCGUAUCCUCAACUGUGACGCCGGAUCCAGCUGGAGGUGCAACCGACGGAUUCUUUACAGUGUUAGGUUUUGCAGAGAACGGCAAGGGUGGAGGUAGAUACGGUCCCAGGAACACCGACAGGUUAAGCGUUCAAGAUGAAUCUGCUGGCGAAGUGUACGAGUUUGGGCUAAACGGUGGCUACGCCACUGCUAUGGCGUAUGGACGCAUUAAUGUUUCAGACGUUAACAUGGACUUCGCUGUUGCCUCAGUGGCGUUUGUUGGCUCUCCGAAAGGAACGCAGUUUGCGGGGGAACCCUCGACCGGAUGGGCCAAGGGACUUAAAUUAGCCGUCUUUAACACGUUCCAGCCUACGUUACAAGCCAACAUCAUGCUGCUUGGUGAACAGGCCCUGAGUGCCUUCGGAACGUCGAUUGUCGUGGGUCAGUUUGAUGAGAAUCCUGGCGGAGAUGUGGUGGUGGGAGCUCCGCACUACAAUCGGUACGACUUGCCGAGAAAUUAUGACAACGGCGCCGUCUAUUACUACACCGCUAGUGUCAUAACCGAGAAUUGGAGAAGAUCCUCUAUAGUUGAGUUUGCGACAAACGAGUCAGUUGUUUCAACUUGGACUAAGCGCUUUAUUGGUGUCAACGGCGCCUUAUUUGGAUAUUCAAUGGGCAACAUUGGAGACUUGAAUCGGGAUGGCUUCCAGGAGUUGGCUGUUGGUUCUCCUGGAAUUAACACUGUGACUGUUUACUACGGUCGUCCUGGUGGGCUCUCCGAAGCCAAUGUUCAGGUGUUUUCGGCAUCCACAAUCCAAGGUGGUGUGUUUGCGAAUGCACUAAACAGCUUUGGCUCUUCCAUCAGCACUAACCCAUACUCACAAGCUUUAUCUAAAGGCUGGGAUAUGGACAACAACAAAUAUCCAGAUAUAAUUGUGGGUGCGCCCUCCGCGGAGUCCGUCGUGUACCUCAAGUCUCGCCCAGUGGCUCACCUGAAUGCUAACUUCACCUUCUCGCCGGCCAAGAUCGACUUUGACAACUGCCAGAACAACGUCUGCUUCACCGCACGGGUCUGCUACUUUGUCGACACGGUGCGCAGUGUCAGCGUGAAGGCAACGGGACCUCUGACGGCCAAUCUCUCCUUGUGCGAGGCAACAGCCAAUAGUAAAUGUGUGUCGGAAGUGGAUGGAGCUCAGGAGCGUAUCACCCUUUCCAGCUUCAAUCGUAAUAAUGCACUGAUCGUCAAUCCCAGAACGCUGCAUGUAAUUCCCUACGAUGAUAACCCUACUACUCCAUCCCUCUGCUUCACCUUCAAUGCAACGCUCGGCACGAACAUCGAAGACAGACUUGCUCCGAUUCGCUUGCUGGCAAGAUGGACCGUGGAGGACCGGGCAGCAACGGACGUUAACAUGCUCACGCCAAUCGGUACUCGCUACGGCCAACAAGACUCGCUCGGAACGCUGGAUGUUGUGAAUACCUGUGCCGGCAUUAUCUGCAAACCGGACCUGUACAUAAUCAACUCCUCCCUGACAUGGACUGGCGAGAGCACAGACCACAUCAUCGUGGGCCGUGACAACACUCUGCACUUCAGCGUAUCCGUGGGUAACCGUGCCGACCCAGCCACCACACCGACUGUCAAUGUCACACUGCCACCAGGUGUCGUCUUGGCUAGUUCAGAUGCCGGAUCGACGUGCACAGCAUCCACUUUGGGCACAGGUAGCUUGGUGAGGUGUAUACUCGCCAAUCCAUUCGAGAGGGACGUGAACGCCACAGUCGGUUUUACUGUAUCGCUCUCAAGCAGAAACAUUGACUCAAGUCUGCAAAGCCUCUCCUUUCCCAUCAUCGUACUUCCCAACGAACUGUCCACGCCGGAGAGGUCAUCCCUGCAGGGUGACAAUACGGACAUGCUCACCGUUGCCCUGCGGCGUGAGGCUUCAUUUGAACAAUCCGGCACCAUUAUCCAGGGUUCUACAAUCACGCUGACAAGCACCGCUCCGGUGGAGACUCCGAUGAGCAUAGCCCAGAUUGGCCCCGUUGUCACGAUCCGAUUUUCGCUGCUGAACCCUGGCCCCAGCUCACUACCCAUGGCCACCGUACGUCUAGAGUACCCCGAAGUGGAGAAGACCAAUGCUGGCGUACCCAUACCUAACAGCUACCUGCUGUACUUAUCUGCACUGGAGUCUGUCGAGGACGGCACCGUAUGUAACCACGAUGAAGCUCUCAAUCCAAGCGACUUCACUCUGUCGGCAUCGGAAGACACGCCAAUGAGCAGCUCCAGCCUCAACACCUCACGGGUCUGUACCAACGCCUCUGCGUUCUACUGCACGCGCCGAUUCCAAUGUACCUUCAGUCGCAUCGCCGCAAACGGUGCCCGUACACUGCAGAUGACUUUCCGACUAUCCAACAGGACCUUCUACAAUCAAGAUCCACCACGUGUUCCCAGCACCUUAACGAUUGGGUUUCAAGUGGAAUCAGUCUUGCAAUCAAGCGACUUCACAUUGCGGACGGAAACUGGAAGUAGCAACUUCCUGUCGUUCUUGAUCACAAACCCGACAGUCCCGGUUACGGAGACCGCAAACAUUGGUGUCAUCGUAGGCUCGGCCGUUGGAGGUCUGGCACUGAUCAUUAUCAUCCUGUUGAUCCUCUUCAAGCUCGGUUUCUUCAAGCGCAAGCAGUACGGUGACGAAGUUGCUGACGGUGGCUACGAAGGAGCGACCGCCCCAGCUGACCAUAAUGAGAAGGUCACGUACACACAUGGCAACGAACAGGUGGAAAUGGACCACAAGGUUCAAUCCAAUGUCUAAGCACCCCACGCGGAUGCACACACGCGCACGCCGCAGGCAUGCUGCAAUCUUUCGACAUGGACGGCUGCUGCUGUGGUUUUCAGGGGUGUUGUCUGCUGUGCCGGUCGUCGGGGAAUGGCAUCGGUAUCGGUGUGUUGGUGAGGGAUUCUCACCACUCUCUCCGUGCCGCUGAUCACUUGCUCACCUGCUGUAUAUACUGCAAGCUGUUCGCUGGCCCCUGCGUGGCUGGCUGGCUGCAUCUCUCCAUGCUGGUGUUGUUUGAAUUCGCAUUACUACCCGCCCUAGCCGUGCGAGCCCCCAAAUUGUUUGUAUUCCCUGCACCCGUGGCGUGUAGGGUUAAGAUGACGUCAUACAUGCAUUGCCAUGACAUCAUCACAGUAUAAUGUUGACUAGUAAUAGCACCGCCGGUCACGUGACAUUUUUAGCCUAGGUAUGAAUUAUAUAGCACGAGCACACAGCGCUCCCACCGUGCUCUGUCCCUUGUGCAUGCGUUUGCUUGAACAUGCUGCACGUUGAUAUCGGACACACACGUGCGCGCACACACACGCACACACACGCCGUAGAAGAUUAUUGAUAGAUCUAAAAAUUUAAAAAACAGAGAAAUUUUAGCUCCUUUUUUCCCCCAUCACACCUGUAUGCCCACCCCGCACGUUAGUAUCCAAAGCUGUUCAGACUCGCGUAGCCAUGGUAAUAGGAUUCCUACACCGACACGAUCACCGCGGCACGAUUGCCUACUCUCGUAUGUUCAUCGCCCUGUCACUGUGCUCUUUUUAGAUCAUUUUUUCUCCAUUUUUUUGCCGUUGUCCUGCAAGAAUGUUGUUAUGCGCAACCCUGUACCCACUGCUAAGCAGUCACUCUUCACAUUCUACUACACGUUUUUGACUGCGUUGCUCUGCCACACGUACUGCUGCUGUCGCUGUUCGUUUGUGCGUUGACGUGCGCCUUGUGAUGGCCGCUCGUGUGUGCGCGUGUGUGUCUGUGCGCACGGGUCGAGUGCGCGUACUUUCCCCCCACGUGUGCCAAAGCAGGGGUGUAUUUGAUAGCUUGAUCUGUGCCGCAUCGCUCUUUCAAGUUUCAUCAGCUUUCUUUUUUUGUUUCUAGAUUUUUUUUAAUUGUAAGAUGGCGAGUUGUGAUCUGAUUUGCUCGCGUACGUGUUGCUAAGUGAAUCGCUGUCACCAUGGUCACGCUUCAGUUUAUUGUGUUCUGUUUCUGAAUUGUUUUGUAUUUACAUCUUCCAUCACCGCA